GUCACGUACGAUUCUUCGUCUGGCAUUUCUUGUUGCCAUGGUGGGGAGGCGGCGGCGGGCGGCGGCGAUGGCGGUGAGCCGGAAGGUGCGGGAACUGCGGCGGCUGGUGCCCGGCGGCGCGGCGGUGCCGGCCGACCGGCUGCUCCUCCGCACCGCCGACUACAUCGUGCGGCUCCGGGCGAGGGUCGAGCUCCUCAGGGCGCUCUCCGAGCUGAUCUGCGCGCACCAGGGCGGCGGCCAUGCCGACGGUGACGAAGCCGGCCCUCUGGCUUAGCUGCACGCGAAUAUGCAUGUGCGCGUAUACUUAUAUAAUUAAUGUGAUGUAUAGGUCAUCGAUCUAAUUAAGUUUUGUACGCAGAUGCAUGGAUUAUUCACUAUAUUGUAACGAUGUGUAUAUAUAGGUACGUAUAGCCGUACAAAUAUGUCAUUUAAUUUGUAUGUUCCAUAUAUAUAGGGGUAUAUUCAGUUUUGUUUA